CCCCCUUUUUUUCUUUUGUAGUUUCUUAUGUGAUCAAUAAAUGAUGGUGACUCACCAACUCGAAAAUCCUAAAUCUGCCACUGCCAGUAACCACCUUCUCCCUCCCCAGCUUCACUAGUAACCACCUUCUCCCUCCCCAACUUCACCAGUAACCACCUUCUCCUCCCUAGCCCCACCAAAAACCACCACCUUUCCUUGAAAACCACCUGCAGCCCGACCCUUUUCCCUCGAAAGUUGAAACUACUCACAGCCCUACCCUUUCCCUUGAAACAACCUUUCACUCCUCCCUUCUCUCGAAACAACCAUAGCCCCAUCCUCUCCUUCCCUUGAAACCACCUUAACUCCACCCCCCUUUGUCGAAAUCACCAUAGUCGCACCCCCUUCCUCUAAAACCACUACUUUCAAGGCGGUUUUGGACCUAAGUUAAGUUUCAAGGUGAUUUCGAACCAUAGUUUGGGGGGGGGGGAGGGGUUGGCUUUCAGGUGGCUGGGUUAGGUUUUGGGUGAGGCUAAGGGAGGAGGAGUCGAUUUUUGGUAGGUGAGGAGAGCAUGGUUUUGGAUGAGGGGUUAAGGAGGGAUGGCGUCAGCGGUGGGGUGGUUUUAAUUUAUUUCAUAUUUUAAAAAUUGUUUUUAACUGUUUGGAUCAACCAAGGCUUAACACAUGACAAAUAACUUAUUAUAAUAGGAUUGUUGACUUUUGUUGACCGUCAUGACCUAUCUGAAGGAAACGCCCUAAAAUUGAAAUACUUAACAAUAAAUAAAUGACCUAAAAUUAGAAUUAUUAAAACCAGUUUUUUAUAUGCAGUAUAUCUUAAUGGUCAAAAAUAAAAUUGACAAAUGUAACAACUUUAAUUAUGUCGAUUAUUCGAAACGAAGAAAGUAACCGAGAAGCUGUAACCCACACUGCCCACGGCCACUCUCAAAGAACACUGUAAUAGGAACUAGGAAACCCCCUUCAAAUAAAAACCACGACCCGUCCAUAAAACAAUUUUCAGAAAUCAAAUGUCUUUUGUCUGUCCGAAACUACAUCACUUCAACGGUCACUUUUUCUACUCACUGCUCAUUCCCAGCACAAAAAUAAUUACUCAACUCAACAAGAAAGAAUUACAAAUAAACCAGAUACCUCAAUUCAUACUCUAAUUAACAAAGAUGGCGAAUUUUAUCAUCACUUUCUCUCUCUUACUCUCUCUCCUCCUAGCAGUAACCUUUCGGCCCACUAAGGCCCAACUAGAAGAAAAAGCAGUAAUACAGCAGCAGCAGCUAUGGUGUGUGGCAAAGAACAACGCCGAGGAUUCCGCACUUCAGCAGGCCUUGGAUUGGGCUUGUGGGCCAGGUGGUGCUAGCUGUGGCCCAAUCCAAAAUGGUGGGCCUUGUUAUGAUCCAAAUGAUCUUAUUGAUAUGGCUUCUUAUGCUUUCAAUGAUUAUUGUCUAAAGCAUGGUAUGAGUGAAGAGACUUGUAACUUCAGUAACACUGCUGCUCUUACUGCUCUCGAUCCAAGUCAUGGAAAGUGCAAAUAUGCUUCAAGUAUUUUCACUGCUGCAAAUUCUACCACCCCUUCAACUGCAGGAGUCAUCCCAGGUAGUGAAGACUUGAACGAGACCCCUCAGUUUGCUGCAACAGAGGUUAGGACGUUAGCCCUCCUUAAUUUGCUUCUCGCAAUCUUUAUAUUCUCACUAUAACAGAUGAGAAUUGGUGAGAAUUGGAUGUAUUGAGUGAAGCAAGUCAGUGAAAUAGAGCUAGGCUUAGAUCUUGCUAAUAUCAUUCCUGGAAAAGUUUUGUUCCCGGCUUUGAUUCUUGUAUCUUUCAUGAACAAUUAAUAUAUUUCGUUGGAACCUAUCUGGUUUGUAAAACCAAUUAAUAUAUUUUUGUUGUUGUGUAGUGUACAGUAUCUCUUCUUC